AUGACAAACCAGGGCGGGAAGGGCGAGGGUGGGAGGUCGGCGGCCGGGAAGGGUGGGAAGGGCGAGGAGGGCAAACCGGGUGAGGGGCUUGCACUGGCAAUCCUCCGGGCAACGUAUGCUCCAGACAUGAUCAGCAUUCUGGCCUCAUUCGUCCUCCUCCUUGCCGUCCGCCUUGAAGCAGUUGCAGUCCUGCACCACAAGAGGGCCACGCCCGCAAGCGAUUUUUCUGGUUCUACUUGGAACGGACUGCAACUCUGUUCCUCGGCGGCAGAGCUGAACAAGUGCAGCCAGUUCAGAUGGAAAGCUCCUGCGAUCCACAGUUGGUUCGGGAAGCAUCUUGGCUUUUCCCCUCAGAACGCACAGGUCAUGUAUGAUGAUACUGAGCACGUCAUCCAGACUUUGCAACGGAUUCGGCAGCCCGUGGUUGGCGUUGCGACUGCCUCUGUCUGCCACGAAGCCACGGAAGUCUUGCAGCGUUGUGACUACGUUUUGUCAUCCGAUGAUGCGAGUUUUUGGCUGAAGGAGCGCUGCAUCUCGGCCGCGGAGGCUGUGGCCCAGGGUGUGGCGCAGCGCAUCCUGCCAGUCGCUGACAUUGGCUGGGAGAUGGCCAUGCUGGCAAAACAGCUCCAGGUCAUGACUGCCGCAGAGUUGGCCUCGAUCAAGGUGAACUGGCUUUGUGCCAAGGCAUCGCAGGUCCUGACUUCACCCAUCAAGGCGCAACAGCCAGCAGACAGUGAUAGGUUCGCUGGAACGGAGGUACUUCUGGCCCGUCCUGACGUAGCCAAAAAGGAGUCCAGGAGCUUCUGGCGAAGCCUGACAGCCUCCACCAUACCAGAAAUCGACGAGGAUGAGGAGGCAGAAGAGGAGGAGGAUGAGGGCAUGUCUUCGACUGCCAGUGCGUGCAGCCAAGCGACUCGAUCUUUCACCGGCGACUCAGCCAUGACUUCGGCUGAUACCGGUGCCUUGCAGCAUGACUUGCCGAUAUCUGCUGCAUGGCAAGCUGAUCCUUGCAAGCUUCCUUCCAAGUUUUUGUCAGUUCCCAAUGACAUAGUGAAGCAAAUUUUUCAAGCUAUGUCAAAAGCUAUGUCAGUGUCCUUUGGGUUCUACCAGGGAAAGCGGAAAACGUUCCAGGCUGCGGCGCUUGGCAGUUCGGCUUGUCGAGACCGGUUUUUCUCUGGACGCAAGACCAAUUUCUAUUUGUACAGCUCAACGCCGGUCCGGGACGAGACGAAGGAGACCAGAGGUGCCACAUACUUGUUGGAGCAGUUGUCCCUCGCUGGCACUGCCAAGAGGCCAAUGGCCAAGCUUGAAUCAGAGAUUGAGUCAUUGGGAGCCACUCUGGACUUGAGCUACGGUCGAGAGCAUUCCGCCUUCAACAUGACCAUGUUCAAGGGCGACCUUGCGCAGGGUGUUGACAUUUUGGCAGACAUGGUGACUGCUCCCGCCUUUGGCAACCUGGCUAAAGAGAAACAAGCGAUCCUCCGAAAGCUUGAGGACGCGGAGCAGCCAACCCGUCAGGUCAUUGAUGACAGGCUGCAUGCAUGUGCCUUCCGCGACUACUCCCUUGGCUUCUCCACAGUGGGACCUUUCGAAGGCAUUGAAACGUUGACGCAGGAUCACCUGAAAAAGCACCAUGAGACCAACUUCACGGCGGACAAGAUGGUCAUUGCGGCCUCUGGAGCUGUGAAGCAUGAGGAGCUUGUGAAGCUGGCGGAGAAAGCCUUUGGUGGCGUCAAGGCCGGCCCUCCACGCGUCUACAGCACCAAGCCCUACUUCUGCGGGGCGCAGCUCCUCUACCGCAACGACGAAAUGGGCCCUUUGGCCUACAUCUCGACGGGCUGGGAGGCUGUUCCCUGGAAGAGCCCGGACGCUGUCACCUUUAUGGUGAUGCAGGCCAUUAUCGGCACCUACAAGAAGAAUGCAGGGUUGGUGCCCGGAAGCAUCUCCGGCAACCGCGUCACCAACGCUGUGGCAAACAAGAUGGGCGUGGGUUGUGCCGAGGAGUACGAAUGCUUCAUGCAUUUCUACAAAGACACGGGCGUGUUCGGUUGGUAUAUUGUUUGCGACGAGGUCGCUGUCGAGCACGCUGUCGGCGAACUGAUGUUUGGCUGCAACUUACUGUCCUUCUCUGUGACUGAUGAGGAGGUGGAGCGUGCCAAGCGAGAACUGAAAGCAACACUGGUCAAUGGCUCUGGCAGCACUCGAGACAGCUGCAACCAGGUGGGGAAAGAGGUCUUGGCCUAUGGACGAGGCGUUCCCCCAGCAGAGAUGAUGCUCCGCAUUGAUGGCGUUGAUGCCGAAGAGGUUAAGCGCGUGGCCUACAAGUACCUGAAUGACCAGGAGAUCUCCGUCACUGCCCUCGGCCCGCUGCACGGCAUGCCAGAGCUUUACAUCAUGAGGCAGGCCACCACGAACCGCGGCGGCAAGCAAAGCUCAGCAUAUCUGAGGAUGUUGUGUGGUUGUUGUGUAGAUGUCAUGGUGCCUGAACAUGGAUGA